CUUCUAUAGUCGUUAAACAUGAUGAUAGGUGCAGUACUAAUCAUCUUAUUUUCAAUGAUAAGUGAAGAGGUGUACUCAUCAUCAGUGUCUCUGACUGUUGAAGGAGGAGUGAGUCUGGUUGGUGAACACUGUCCUGGGACUAUCAGGCUGUUCUGUGAAGGAGUGGACCUCACAGUGCUAGAUUGGAGGUUGUACCAUGAUGACAACAUGUAUAUUUCCGAGCACUUUGAUGUCGAUAAUGCGUAUGAGACCACAAAAUAUUUUAACGACUCAACAUUGGAUCAGGUAUCUGCAUCUGUUCAACUUAUUAAUUUGUCCCGGGGCAACAUCAUGACUUUUGCAAAUUUCUCAUCAGUUCUUAUUUUAGACAUUUCUCAAAAAUCCAUUGGGAUACAGAAUGUUUUCAGGAUCAGUUGUGGUGAUGCACUAAACUUCAAUGAAACCUCAGUAAACAUCUCAAUAGUACAAGAGACAGUACCCAAUGUCUAUAAUUUCAGUGUGAGCAUCAAUACUUCUAUGUCUGCUAUAGAUAUACUGACGGUCACUUGGAAUCAAUACGUUGAAUGUUCGCAAUAUCAGGAGAAGAUCUUUUACAAUCUCUCCCUUUUCUACGAUGAUGUUAACGACAACAAAACUGUAAACAGUAGUUUAUGUACAACAACUUGCUCUGUCCACUUUGAAGUUUUGGAGACUGGCAAUGACAGGAUCUAUGUUGCCACCCUUCAAGCUAGAAACAGCAUAGGGACUAGUAAUAUCACUACAUACAGCGGCAUCAUACCCGCUGGUACUAUUGUGUGUGAUACACCUUCUACUCCUAUCAACGGGAGCUUUACAAUUUUAUCUGCUGAAUCUGAUUUCACGGAGGGGACAGAAAUAGUACUCCAGUGUGACGAUGGUCUACUUCCCAGUCACCCAAGAACAGCAACUUGUGUUAAAGUUUCAGGAAGAGGAGAGUGGGUGCCUAAUCCUGCUGACCUACUUUGUGAAGCACCCAUUGCUAACAAAUCAGUUCACAUCAAUACGUCUUGUGUAUCAGAGAAAGAUGGCCACUCUUUAUCAAAUGCUGAGAUUACAGGAAUGAGCACAGGCAUAACGCUCUUAAUGGCAACACUCCUUGGAUUCCUCUCUGGACUCUUAGUGAUGCACCUUUGCUCUCGUAAGAAGGCAGUGUUCUCCCUGACAGCUGAAGGACAAGCUAACGUAGGACCCAUUGCAUCAGCUGGUCCUGUUUAUGAGGAGGUGUUACCUAAAGAGGAGAUUGAACUGAACACUAAUCAGGCGUAUGGACCAGUAGGAGUGUGAAAAACGUGACUGUGUUACAGUGUUCAUCUAAUAUUCCAGUCAAUUAU